CACGGUUGAAUGGAGACAUAUCGAUUCCGGAAUUUUUCCGAGGGAAAAGUAUUUUUAUCACAGGUGGAAGUGGUUUCAUAGGUAGAGUGCUGAUUGAGAAAUUGCUGAGAUCUUGUCCGGAUUUGAAAAAUAUUUAUAUGAUUCUCAGACCUAAAAAGGGUAGGAGUAUAGAAGAAAGAAUAAGCGACUUGACUGAAGUUUCUUUAUUCGAUGAUUUGAGGAAGCAGAAUGGAAAUUUCUUAGACAAAAUCAUUCCUGUGAAUGGUGACAUAACGAAACUGAAUCUUGGAAUCAGCGAGGAAGACCGGAAAUGUCUGAUCAAAAAUGUCAGUAUCAUAUUUCACUCUGCAGCUUCUGUGAGAUUUGACGAUCAUCUCAAAGACGCCAUCUUCACCAACGUGAGAAGUACCAGAGAAAUCAUAACCUUGGCUUCUGAAAUGAAAUCACUAGAAGUAUUCGUUCACGUCUCCACACUGUAUGCUAAUGCCGAUAAUAAGGUUCUGGAGGAGAAAUUAUAUCCCAGAUAUGAUUGGCGAGACGCAAUUUUCUUGGCUGAAAAUUGCGAUGAAGGAGUUAUGGAAGUGAUGACACAAAAAAUAAUCCAUCCACUCCCGAAUACAUACACUUUCACGAAAUCAGUUGCAGAAUUGCUUGUUGAUGACUUGUGCAAGAACAAAUUUCCCACAGUCAUUAUAAGACCUUCUAUUGUUGCCCCAACUGUACUUGAACCCGUUGUGGGAUGGAUAGAUAACUUCAACGGACCAGUGGCAUUGAAUAUCGCAGCAGCUAAAGGUAUUAUGAACACUUCAUACUGUGAUAUGAAUGUCAGGCAGGAUUAUGUUUAUGUCGAUAAUCUGGUUAAAGCAAUGUUGGUGGCUUCUUGGAAAAUGGCAACCGAGAAACAGACACAAGAAGUACUGAUUUGUAACACUUCUUCGGACGCACUUCAAUCGCUGUCAUUUAAUUACAGAAACCGGAAGAUGGUAAUUGAAAACCCACCAGAAACAUAUAUUUGGCCAUUUUCUCUCAGGUUCACGAAUUGCUUUUAUAUGUUUUCAUUGAUCAAUCUGAUUUAUCAAAUAUUACCGGCUAUACUCCUUGAUGGAUUACUUUGGAUAUUCGGACACAAAAUGAGGUGAGUUGAAAUCAUACCA